AUGAGCGAGCAGCAGCAGGACAUAGCUCAAAAAAUAGCUGCGGCGAGGCAUUUGUCUGAGGGCUUAAAGGAUAAGAUACGUGCUAAGAAGGAGCAGACGGCGGAUAGCACUUUGCGAGCCAUGGCCGCAGAUAUAGAACCACUGCCACGCGUAGUCAUGAAACCAAGAAGAACUCUGAAAGGUCACCUCGCAAAGAUAUACGCAAUGCACUGGUCUGCAGAUAAAAGGCAUUUGGUUUCAGCUUCACAGGACGGAAAAUUAAUAAUCUGGGACGCUUACACAACUAAUAAAGUCCACGCUAUACCCUUAAGGUCUUCAUGGGUUAUGACAUGUGCCUACGCACCUUCAGGCAACUUGGUUGCUUGUGGUGGAUUAGAUAAUAUCUGCUCAAUUUACAAUUUAAGGGGAAGAGACGGUAGCGUGAAAGUGUCCAGGGAGCUGCAAGCACACACUGGUUACCUCAGUUGCUGUAGAUUCCUCAACGACAGACAGAUUUUAACCAGUUCAGGCGAUAUGUCUUGCAUGUUAUGGGACAUUGAGUCUGGCGUCAGAAUUCAAGAGUUCCACGACCACACUGGGGAUGUAAUGUCGAUCAGUUUAGGUCCAAAUCAGAAUACUUUCGUUAGUGGUGCAUGUGAUGCCACAGCCAAGAUUUGGGAUAUGAGAUCAGGUAAAGCUGUACAAACGUUUACUGGUCAUGAAAGUGAUAUUAAUGCGGUGCAAUUCUUCCCUAAUGGAGAUGCGUUCGCCACAGGCUCAGAUGAUGCGACAUGUCGUUUAUUCGACUUACGAGCAGACAGAGAAUUGAAUCAAUACAGUCAUGAUAAUAUUUUAUGCGGGGUAACAUCGGUAGGAUUCUCCAAUAGUGGCAGAAUAUUAUUCGCAGGUUACGACGACUACAACUGCAAUGUUUGGGAUACACUCAAGGGCGAGAGAGUUGGCGUGCUUUCUGGACACGAGAACAGGGUCUCGUGUCUGGGAGUGUCUGGGGACGGAAUGGCAUUAUGUACAGGUAGCUGGGACAGCCUUUUGAAGAUAUGGGCGUGA